AUGCUUCAUCAACUCCCAGCCGCGCUGCUUUACCAUAUUUGUGCAUAUCUCGACAAGCCCUCCCUAUUCAAUCUAUGCUUCUUCCAUAGAAAAACAUACGCAGUUAUUACAACAGCACUUUGUCAUUGUCUUGGCUCUGUGAGAAUCCCGCCACUCUACUAUGCUGUUUCACAUCAGAGACUGGAUAUUGCAGAACGAUGGAUCCUUCAAUAUGGUGCGAGUUUAGACUCCGAGUACGGUAGAAAGUCAACUCUCCUUCUGGCUAUUAAGCUGAGGUAUCCACAAGCGGUGGCUUUGCUCCUCAAACACAAAGCAUAUGUUGGCUAUUGCUGUGACUUCAGAGGCCGCGGUCUUCUUUCCAUUGCGACUGCCUAUGGUACAGUCACCAUAGUCAGGCAGCUACUCCAGCAACCGGAUAUCGAUGUCAAUAAUCGCUGCUCUGCCGGUAUGACAGCAGUCAUAUAUGCUAUAGAGCACCGCCAGUAUGCUAUUCUUCAACUACUAUUAUUGGAUCCGCGAGUAGAGCUCAACGUGGAGAACAAUGUUAGGCAAACCCCUCUGCAUUUUGCUAUUAGCAAGGAGGACUACUUGUCUGUUCAAAUCCUGGUCCAGAACCAGCGGGUAAAUGUGAACUACCCUAACUUCAGAGGCGACACCCCCCUAUUGUUGGCUGCCCGGAAAUUCAGUGAUCAUAACUCCACCAGACUCGUUGAGUCUCUCCUUCUCAAUUCAGAUCUCAACGUGAAUUACCAGGACUUCAAUGGUCGCACAGCUCUUUGGCAUGCUGUAAGUGGUAGGAAAGAGAGAUUGUUGCGACUUCUUUUACGCCAGAAUGGUCUGAAGCUCAAUACGGCUGAUAGAUCGGGCGUAGCGCCACUAGCUUGUGCAGCCGAGGCUCCGUUUUUCAGCGCUGCCUAUCUCUUGUUGCAACAACCUGGCAUACAGCUCAAUGCACAGUCUCGACGAGUGAUUCCCCCACUGUGGUGCGCAUGCCGUGCAGGGCAGUACCAAAUAGUUCGACUUCUUCUGCGACAAAAGUCAAUCGAUGUCAACCAAAAGAGCCCCACAGGGACGACUCCACUCCAGGUAGCCGUCAUGUUUGGACAUUCUUCCACUGUUUCCCUUCUUCUCCAACACGAUUCUGUUUUAGUAAAUGAGCCUGGCCCUCACAAAUUUACUGCGUUGCUCUUCGCUUCGGCAAACGGGUUACGCGAAAGCGCUGAAAAUCUAUUGCGACAUCCUGAUACUGAUUCUACCACAAUUGAUGACCAAGGACGCACGUCGCUCUGGUGGGCACAGCAUGGAGGACAUUCCGAAAUUGUUCGACUUCUUUCCAGAUAG